GAAAUGAUUAUUGUUUUCUGAAUUUUCAAGUGUCGUUAUGCAUACUGUAGAGUCAAUAAUCGUUUCUCCGAGAUACACAAAAAACAUUUCAAACGAAAGUGAACUGUAUUUCAAUUCUAAUUGUCAGAGGAAUAAGUAUCCAGCUAUCUCUAAAUGUCGUGAUCAAUAUUACGCAGAUAGAGAACUUGAGUCGCACGAAUGUAACUUCAGUCAGUCGACGCAACACACAAGUAUAUGACGACUCAUCUUUAUUAUGUAAUCCACGUAGUUUCGUCAACUCUGACUUAUCUUUUUCUUGUAAUCAUCCACAAAGAGGAAAUUCUUUCAACUGUUCUCAAAAUUAUGGAGGUUACCCACUGUCUGGAAGGCCAAGAAUAUCUAACCAAACUUCAAAAAGUUAUUUAAGUCCCUCCAUUUUAAAUUUGAGCAGUGGAACCUGUAACAGGUCACUUCGCGAUUUGCGCAAAUCUCCGGAAAGACAUGUUAGUACCAGUAGAUAUCCUUAUUUCACGAAUAAAUCACCGAAAGCGAGAAAUGACUUCAAGCCGUUUACGUACUUGAAAAACAUCGAAAGAGAUCAUGAUAUUCAAAGACAGUACUUAUUUGGAAGUGUAAAACCUCGUGACUGUGGAAUCGAAUACGAUCUUUUAUCAUCACAGCCCUUGGAAAUGAAUCAAUACACCCUUCCUUUAGAAUCGACUAAGGGAGGAAGUUUAAUGCUAGAGAAUAAAAAGGAAUUCAGUCUGAAUACAUUUAAUCCAACUGAUCGUGAUUCUUCCUCUGUUAUUCAUGUCAGACCUCAUCGUAUGCGAAAAACUAUUGACAUAAAACAGAAUGACAAAACUCUUGACGAUCCUUCAUAUAAGCGUCUGUCGAAAUGUCUCCAGUCAAAACCUAGGACAUCUUAUGAUGGUUCUUGUUGUAUGUCAGGUACUCUUGCCGUCACUUUGUAUGGAUCGAAACUCACCGUAUACGAACGUAAUGAAAUUCAAGAUUAUGCUGAGGUAUAUUUCCUAGGGCUUAAUGCCCCCAAAAGACAUCCACUUGGAAACUCCAUCAGUGAUGCGUCAUAUAAGAGAAGUAGCAUUAUUUCGAUUAGUAAUAUGACUGGGUUCGACGAUGCACAAAGCAGUUAUAUUCUCGUCCCUAAUGAUCAUUUAGCUUAUCGAUAUGAAGUUCUCAAACCCCUGGGCAAAGGAAGCUUUGGUCAUGUUGUCCACGCAGUUGAUCAUUGUACAAAGAAGCAAGUUGCAAUAAAAAUUGUCAAGAGUGAAGCUAGAUUUACUAGACAAGCUGUUGAGGAGAUUCGCAUUCUCAAAGCCCUCAACGGGCAACAAAAUGAUGGAGAGUUUAAUGUUGUACACUUAGUGGAUCACUUCAUAUUUCGAGGUCAUGUGUGCAUGGUGUUUGAAUUACUUUACAUAAAUUUAUAUGAACUCAUCUGCCGUAACAAUUUUAAAGGAUUUUCUCAGUCUUUAGUGAGAAAACUUACUUAUGGUAUAUUAUGUUGUCUUGAACUUCUAUAUCGGAAUAAAGUGAUUCAUUGUGAUUUGAAACCGGAAAACAUUUUAUUACGACGUCCAGGAAAAAGCAAAAUCAAAGUAAUCGAUUUUGGAUCAAGUUGUUAUAUUAACGAAUGUCCAUAUAACUACAUACAGUCACGCUUUUAUCGUGCACCUGAAAUCAUUCUUGGCUUACCAUAUGGUACUCCGAUUGAUAUGUGGAGCUUAGGAUGCAUUCUAGCUGAAUUUAUAACUGGAGAACCAUUGUUUCCAGGUGAAGAUGCGUUCGACCAAUUAGCUUGUAUUAUGGAAAUCUUGGGGAUACCACCGAUGCAAAUGAUUAAGAAAGGCAGUCAAAGUCAUCAUUAUUUCAAUAGUAAUGGUCAACCUUUAUAUAUGAUUGAACAACAAAAACACACCUAUGGAAAUGAACAGUCAGAUAAUACAAAAGAAGCUUUAACCAAUCUUAACAAAUCUUUAAAUUCUUCAUCAACUAAACAUAAACGUUCUGGUAGUAGUAAAAGUCAAAAGUUAAGAAAAUCACCUGGCUCUAUGACUUUAGUUGAUGCCUUGACUAGUUCGAAAAACUCUUCCGUUUGCCUACCAUCAAGCGAUAAAUCAAAUAUUGGACAUAAAAUUCCACAACCAUUUGACCCAGAUAUGGUAGAUUUUCUAGAACGUUGUUUAAAAUGGAGUCCAGAUGAAAGAAUGAAUCCAAUUGAAGCAUUGGAUCAUCCAUGGAUUAAAAAAAUGUCAUCACAGAGUUUUGGAAGAACAGAUAGUUUUCUAACAACUUGUAAUUCAAAUGAUAAUACAGAUUCCAAUUAUUUAUACAGUAAUGAUAAUAUAUUUACUAAUGGAACAACUAAACACGUAUCUGAUACAGAAUUCGUUGCCAGUAUUUUAGGCGUACGUACACGAAAACGUGAUCCCAAUUUACUGCACGUUUCCAGAAAGUCAGAAGCUCACAGUAUAAUACCUGACGAUACCAUGAGUCUGAAUGAAUCCUAUCGUCGGUAUUCCUACGACCAGAAUAACAGCAGACUAUCUAAUUUGUUUGAAAGAUCAGUAACAUGCACUUCUAAUCCCAAAUCUCGCAAAGAAAUGUCUUCAGAUGUAUCAAGUCACCAUACCUCAGAAAGUUACCACAACACAAAACAAUAUCGAAGUUUUUUAAAUAACGGUCAGAGUGAUGUUAGUAACAACAUUAAUGUGGACAAUCGCAAUCAUAGUGUUUCUCCUCAAGAUGACAAUCAAAAUCGCCGAAGUCGUAAUCGCCAUCGUAGUCGUCGUCAAGGUAUUAACACUCAUUCUGAUCAUAUACAAGAAGAAGAAGACAAUCGCAGUCAUUCAGACUCAGAUCAGGUAUUAGAAGAAGAACAUGAUUAUAUCACCAGUGGAGAAACGCCCUUGCUAAACAUCUCAAGUAUUUACCAAACAACCAAAGAAGAGAACGAUCGUAUUGAACAACGAAAUCAGUCAACGUUAAUUGCGUCGAAGUUUGAGGCAAUGUAAUAUAGAGAAUAACAAAUAACAUUUUUUGUCCGCAACGUUUCUUCACAUUUUUGUAACUAACGGUAAGAAAUUUAAACAGGAGCAAUGUUUGAAGCACUGCAAAGUACCUCAGCAAUUUAACAAGAGCAAAAUAUACAUUCCAACGAGCCGUGGAAAGAAUCCAGACCAUAAAUAACGAUUAACAAGGUUCAUGUCCAACAGCGAAAUUGAAAAUCAAGAAAGUGACUUUCAUUAACAGUUAAAAACAUGAUUCCCCAAAAAUACGGAAACUGACCACAGCGAGAUAAACAAUGGAACAUGUUUUUCAUUUCAUAAAACCAAUACAACAACGUUAUAAACUCAGUUAUUGAUACAAGUUUAGCAAAUACAGAGACCACAAUCUGUGAUGAAACUACAAACCAAACAAAACAAAACGCAGAACGAAAUACAGUAUCCAUGAUGACCUACAGUAAUGAAAAAACUGGCUCCCAUUCCCCCUUUAGAGUAUUGAUAUGAUCGGUUGCUAUGAUGAAUGGCGGGAACAUGCAAUAUAAUUCCACUCCAAAAAGCUAAAUGUGAAAAUUUAAGAUUGCUGGUCGGUAAACUAGUUUAUAAAGUGUAGUAGGAAUGACAAACUGUAUAAACGACUUUAUUAAGGUAAUCAUAUACUAGUGUGUUACACGUUCAAUAUAAGAAUUUAAAUGUUCACUGGCGAUGGUCAAAGGAAUGCCAACGAUCGUUUGCCAGAGUAAAAAACAUAGUUCAAAACAUAGUCCACUGUAUCCCUGAAUUAGAAAUUGCGGUAGCAGCGGACAACUCAAAUUAUGGCAUUGAAGCGACUAUUUCACAUGUGUUUCCCGAUAGUACAGAGAAUGCCAUUUGUCGUGCUUUACGGAUACUAACUCCGGCAGACCUAAUUGUAGUUGAAUCGAGAAGGGAGUACUUGCACUAGUUUUUGCACUCAUGACGUUUCACAAAAUGCUUCAUGCUCGACGUUUCACACCGCUUACAGACCAUAAACCACUUGUACAGAUUAAAAAAGAAAUUGCAGUUUACACAGCAAAGCUCCUCAAAAGAUGGGUUGUCACCUUACUGGGCUAUAAUGUCCAUAUCGAGGAUAAAUCUACAAGUUCUUUUGGUUAUAUCUAAUUAUCUUUGAAAAUUAGUCUUGAAACUUAUACACCCGUCCUGUCUUACCAUGAGUCGCAUAAAAUCAAUAACCUGUGCUUAUGUAUACGGGCUAAAUGUCGAUGAAGAUAUUAGAGAAAUGGCAGAACGAUGUAACUAUUGUGCACAGCCAUCUAAACUACCCAUUAAAGACCAACCUCAACCAUGAUCAGCAUAGGCAGAACCUUAGUCAAGCCCUCACAUAGAUUUUGCCGUAACUUCUCAGGGUAGGCAAUUCCUGAUGCAUUUUUAGAAUGGCCAGAAGUCUUCGUAAUGGUCAGUUUGCCUACCAGUGCCACGAUGCAAAAAUUUACAGAAGUAUUUAAUUGUUUCAGUCUACUAUAUACUAUUGUUUCUGAUAAUGGAAUACAGUUCACUUCAAUCUAGUUUGAUAAAUUCUGCAGAAAAAACAGUAUGAAUUAUGUCAAGUCUACUCCAUAACACCAAUCAAAUGGUCAGACGGAUAGUUUUGUUGAUUCAUUAAAAAGGACUAUUUAAAAAGAAGAGGUAGUGACGGUAGACGAAAUGAUACAAAAGUUCUUGCAAAGUUAUUGUUCAACAUUGUAUCCAGUAACAGUGGAUGGAUUAUGGCUAGCAGCAAAUAUGUUUGGGAGGAUCUGAUAGAAAGAUUGAAAGAAAUGAAAAUAAAGAAGCCACAGUCCAAAAGUUUUCAUUCAGGUGAAGCAGUUUGGAUGUGGGUUUUCCGCGAUUCCAUACCACAACGGGCAAGUGAAACAAUAGAAAUAAAAACACCAACAGUUAUGUAUGAAUUGAAAGUAGGAGAAUUCAUAUGAAUGGGACGCAGUAAUCAUAUUUUGAAAAAACGAGACUGUAAAAACGUUGCAACUACUCAAGAGUUGGAAAACUUGCCAGGAGAUAUGUUAGUAGACACUCUAUAUAAUGAAACCUAACGGGAUCCUUGGACACAAACGCCCGACCAGCUGAGAAGAUCCCACAGAGUGCGAAUAAAAACAACAACCCGUCGAAUGAACUCUCUACAGAAAUCGUACUCCUACAUAUUCAAUUAAAGAACGGGAGGUGAUAAAAUGGGAUGAGAAGACGAUAUCACAUUUUUUGACUCAUUGUGAUUCAUGCCCAACAUUACUUCCGCUUUUAAUUGCAUAUGAUGAUUAUUCAUAGUAAUAUCUGUUUUUGGUCUCCAGUGUUAUAUUUUAUUUGGUAUAAUAUUAAUUUCUUUGAGUAUGAUGUUAUUUCAACAUACAAUAUUCUUGUAUAAAAUUAACGUGAACUACAUUCAUUAUGAUAACAUACGAUUUUGUUGUAACUCUGGAAAUCUUUUAUAUAAGGUUUUUUAAAUUCUAAUUAAUAAUCAAAAUGAGUGUCCAGUCGAUAUAUUGAAUGUAUUUUCAACCAGGAUUGUCGUAUUUUUGGAUUUAAUAAAUCUUCACUUGUACC